CGGACAAUAGUUCAGACGGACCGUCCUUAUUAUUGUUCCGCUGCUAACUUUGUCAAUCGUUUUGUAUUCAUUUUUCUGUUGGCGCUAUCUUGAAUAUUGAUCUGAUGAAACAGGAAAGCAUAACCUAAACGGAUUACUGGAUUGAUUAUGGGUAUUUGGAUUGUUAAAUAAACUAAACCAAGAUAACCUUUAGCUAUAACUAGCUUACACAUUGUUUAUCUUGAAUGCAAAGGAGUUGCUAACUAGUAGCCAACUACUCUACUAGCUAACUAAUUGAGACUUUUAUGUUCAGAGACUUUAAGAGACUAUUGAGUGAGCGUCUAGCUAGUCUUAUUGACUUACUAAUCAUCUGGUUGACUUAAUGUCAGAGUCGUGAGUGUGUGAUAUAAAGCUGUAACGUUAGAGAUGUCAGAGAGGAGAAGAGACAGCCGUAGCUGGGACUGGGACAGUCCUCAGUGCCGGGCUCAGAUGGACCAGAUAUUUUUCCGUCGGCAUGACUACAUCCAGAACGGAACCACGGAACACAAAGAGUUCUGGAGUUUCUUCGAGCGCUUCCAGAGGUUCAAAACCAGGAAGGACAUGUCCGGGGGCAGCAGGAAGGAAGACAUGGAGGAGGGCAGAGAUAGGAAGAAGACUGUAGAUCUGGGUCUGCCUAAGGAAUAUGACGCCCGCUAUCGGAUCAACGUGUCAGUUUGUACCAAAGACACAGAGGAGAGGCUGGAGACGGGGAGGUCUGAUCAGAGACACAGCUCGUCAGGCCCAGGGAGUCAGGAGGUAGCUGACUGUCGCCUGGCUUUGCUACACUUCCUGGACUUCAGCCAGAGGCAGAGCUUUGGGAAGCUGGCCAAGUUGAGGACGGAGCAGAAAGCACUUCCUAUCUUCCAGUACCGGGACCGGAUCGUGGAGUUGGUGCGGGCUAACCCGGUAGUAGUGGUGGCGGGGGAUACAGGCUGUGGAAAGUCCACCCAGGUCCCCCAGUACCUCCUCUCCUCUGGGUUCAGUCACAUAGCUUGCACUCAGCCACGACGGAUUGCCUGUAUCUCCCUCGCCAAGAGGGUCAGCUUCGAGAGUCUCAACCAGUACGGCUCCAAGGUUGGGUAUCAGAUCCGUUUCGAGGGGACCCGUACCCCAUCCACCAAGCUGUUGUUCCUGACAGAGGGGUUACUACUGAGACAGAUACAGGCUGACGGUGACCUGGAGCAGUACCAGGCAAGGUGAAGGAGAUGAGUUUUGACCCGAAGGCGAAGAUGCAACGUCUGCAGGAGUUCUGGAUCAGCCGAGCCAGUUCUGAGCAGAGGAAAGGCCGGGCCGGGAGGACAGGACCCGGGGUGUGUUAUCGGCUCUAUUCUGAGUCCGACUACGAGGCCUUCGCACCUUACCCCGUCCCAGAGAUACACAGGGUGGCCCUGGACUCACUAGUACUACAGAUGAAGAGUAUGAGUCUGGGUGACCCACGAUCCUUUCUGUUUAUCGACCCUCCUCCUGCGGCCAGUAUCCAGACUGCAGUAACCUACCUCAGGGAACAGGGGGCGCUAGACGCUAGAGGAGAUCUCACCUCUAUAGGAAGCCUGCUGGCACAACUUCCUGUUGACGUGGUCGUAGGUAAGAUGCUGGUGCUGGGGUCAGUGUUUAACUUGGUGGAGCCGGUCCUGACAGUGGCUGCUGCCCUCAGUGUUCAGUCUCCAUUUCUCCGCUCCGCCCAACACAACCCUGACUGUGCCACAGCACGCCAGCCCCUGCACUCUAACCAGGGAGACCCCUUCACCCUGCUCAACACCUUCAACGCCUGGGUGCAGGUGAAGGGGGAGAGAGGAGGUGCCAGCAGGAAGUGGUGCAGGAGGAGAGGACUGGAGGAACAGAGGCUUUAUGAGAUGGUCAACCUACGGAGACAGUUCAAGGAGCUGUUGCGUAGUCAUGGUCUUGAGUGUGGAGAGAGGCUCCUCUGUGGGGAGCGCGGCAACGCAGGAGAGAGUGUUUCCACACACCGUAAACAAGCAGGGGUAGUGAUCCACCCCACCAGGUUGUUUGCCAGCGAACCCAGAGGUGCUGCACGUCCCUGAGGAGGGGACAGAGAGGGGCCUGACAAGGGUGAAGGCAGCAAACACCAGCUCCUAGCCUUCGUCACUCUACUUGAGACCAACAACCUUAUGUUCAUCUCACUGUCGUCCGCCCUGCAGAGUCCAGCCCUGCAGUCAGUACCGGUCAGUACCGUGGUCUCAGUCAGUCCCAGCCCUGCAGCGUCAGUACCGGGUCCAGUACCGGAGCAGUCCCAGCCCUGCAGGUCAGUACCGGGUUCAGUACGGUCAGAGUCCCCACCGUACCGGUCAGACCGGGUCAGAGUCCAGCCCUGCAGGUCAGUACCGGGUCAGUACCGGGUCAGAGUCCCAGCCCUGCAGGCCCUGUUGCUGGUAGCUAACUCCUUGGACAGUAAUGCUGACUGUACCCGGCUGGUGGUGGACGGCUGGUUGGAGGUAGGCCUGACAGGAGAGGGGGCUCUGAAGGUUCUGUCCACCUCCCUCACUCUCAGGGCCGACUGGGAGCGUCUCCUGCUAGCCCAGCUGGGACAGGGCACUCUGGGGGCUGGAGCCGGGAGCAGGGCCAAGGCUGGGAGGGGAGAGGGGCUAGGGGUACCUGGGCUCUCCCGUAAAGACCUGGAGAAACUCAGUGAAGCACUGGUCCGCUUCCUGCUGUACACUGAGGUGAGCUACAGUCUACGUCGUUUGACAGGCCUGCAGGUACAGAACCUCUACGUAGGUCCUCAGGCCCAGUCCGAGUUCUCUGAGCCCCAUGCCCCGAACCCCCUUUUCCCUGGGGUGGAGGCGCAACCUGACACCAUCAAGGGAGGCCUCCAAGUCACCAAAUACUUCACCUACAACUGUCUCACUGACUCUAAGGACCUCUACAGUGAGUGUCUGCGUACGUUCUGGUCCUGUCCUCACUGUGACCUGUACAGUCCUGUCACACCGCUGGAGAGGAUGAGCCACGAGGCCACCUGCAGGCCGCCUGGGGAACAGCAGGAAAACCAGGACAAAGAGGGUGACGAUGUGAAGGCAGCCUCCUCUUCGUUCUCUGUGUCCAGUCUGGCCAGAGUCUACCACUGUGAUGUCUGUGACAAGGACCUGACGCUCACUUCUACAGAGAUCCUCAAACACAAGAGACAGCACAUGCACUCUGGACGUUGAAACAGAGAUCCUUAAACACCAAGAGACAGCACGGGCACUCUGGACGUUGAAACAGAGAUCCUUAAACACCAAGAGACAGCACGUGCACUCUGGACGUUGAAACAGAGAUCCUUAAACACCAAGAGACGGCACGUGCACUCUGGACGUUGAAACAGAGAUCCUUAAUAAACACCAAGAAGACAGCACGUGCACUCUGGACGUUGAAACAGAGAUCCUUAAUAAACACCAAGAAGACAGCACGUGCACAUUGAGAGACACUAAAGUUUCCUGCCUAUAUCACCUGAUCAGGACAAAGUAAUGGCCUUCAAUUAACUGCUAUGGAGAAAUCAACAACACGAAGGGUUUAGUGAAUAAUGUUUUAUAAUAAAAUCAUAGAGUCACGCCUCUUU